AUGGCCAACGACACCUCGGACGUCCUCGGCAACGGGACCCGACUCGACGUCGUUCCGGACACCGGCCAGAGGAACGACACCGCUUCGGGCGCCUCUCAGGGCGACCUCGAGCACGGGGUCCUGCUGGUCGCGAAGGCCUUCGUCAUGGGCUUCAUCAUCCUCAGCGCCCUCUUCGGCAAUCUCCUCGUGAUCGUCUCGGUGAUGCGCCACCGGAAGCUACGCGUCAUCACCAAUUACUUCGUCGUCUCGCUCGCCCUGGCCGACAUGCUCGUCGCCAUCUUCGCGAUGACGUUCAACGCCUCGGUGGAGCUCUCCGGCAGGUGGCUCUUCGGCUACUUCAUGUGCGACGUGUGGAACUCCCUCGACGUCUUCUUCAGCACCGUGUCGAUCCUGCACCUCUGUUGCAUCAGCGUCGACCGGUACUACGCCAUCGUCCAGCCUCUGGAUUAUCCGCUGAUCAUGACGAACCUCAGGCUCGGCACCAUGCUGAGCGUCGUAUGGUGCUCGCCCACCGUCAUGAGCUUCCUCCCCAUAUUCGCGGGGUGGUACACCACCCCCGAGCACCUCGAGUUCAGGAAGAGGUAUCCCGACGUCUGCAUGUUUCACGUGAACAAGCUGUACGCCGUCGUCAGCUCCAGCAUCAGCUUCUGGGUGCCCGGCAUCAUCAUGAUCGCCAUGUACUACAAGAUCUACAGGGAAGCGGAUCGCCAGGAGAGGAUGCUGUAUCGGAGCAAGGUCGCGGCUGCACUGCUCAAUAAGCAUCUUCAGAUAAACGGGAUCUCGGCCGGGCUGACGUCUCUCCCCUCGGUGGGGCAACCUUCCCCGGAGCCGAUCCCGGAUGACCCCCCGAUCGCGAGCAGCAGCAAAAUGAAAAGGGAACGGAAGGCCGCCAGAACACUCGGGAUCAUCAUGUCGGCCUUCCUGGCCUGUUGGCUGCCGUUCUUCCUCUGGUACGUCAUCACGGCCCUCUGCGACACCUGUCAGAGCGGUAACAUCGUGGUGGCGGCGGUCUUCUGGGUGGGAUACUUCAACAGUGCCCUGAAUCCCCUCAUCUACGCUUAUUUCAACCGGGAGUUUCGGGCGGCCUUUGGGAAGACUCUGGAGAGCUGCUGCAGGGCCAUCGGCCCCGUCCGGGACCUUCGGCAGCGCCACAGGAAGCAGGACCUCGUCCACAGCAACGCGUCCUCCGAGCUCCACGUGAACAAUCAGCUGAGGGCCAGCGAAAUGACGAACGUACAUAUCGAAGCGUGCAUUUAG